AUGCUCUGCAAAGAAACCGCUGCCUGCAAAGGAAAUGAAGUGCUUGGCUCUGUGUUCAUCCGUCGAACUACCCCACCAGAGGAGGAUGAUAACGCUGGUGUUACCGAUGAAGAAUGCGAAGAUGAGAAAAAGAAGUACCAAAAAGAUCUACAAACCUGUACAGCUCUCAAGGAUGAUUUGCAAGAUGAACUAGAUGCAUGCCGCAGGGGCCGCACUGAAGACAAGGAGGCCUGUGACAAAAAGAUCAAAGAGCUCGAAGCUGAACUGAGCAAGUGCAAAGAUGAGCUCACCACAUGCAAGAAGAACGAAUGUAAGGUUGAUCCAGUCUGGGAGAGACGCAAGGAAGCCAUGAAGAUCUGUGGUUACGGUGGACGCAAGACGAUUACCGCUGGUGGCUACACAUAUCGCGCAUUCUGUCAGCGACAGGCUACCUAUCGAAAGUUCUACAAACAGCUCAGUAUUGGGGUUGAUGAGCGUCUCGAAGAGUGCUCAAAGGACACUAAGUGCAAGCCGGUUCAUUUCAUGAUUGUGAAUGAUGCUCAUUGA